GGCACUUCCGCCCUUUUCUAAGAUGGCGCAGGCGGAAGGCGCCGGUCACCGCCCGCUGGCGACGUCGCGGCUGGAGUUGAACCUGGUACGGCUGCUCUGUCGCUGUGAGUCGAUGGCGGCAGAAAAACGAGACCCUGACGAGUGGCGUCUGGAGAAGUAUGUGGGUGCCCUGGAAGACAUGCUGCAGGCCCUGAAGGUCCAAGCGAGUAAACCGGCCUCGGAAGUGAUCAGCGAGUACUCCCGCAAAGUGGACUUUCUGAAGGGCAUGCUGCGGGCGGAGAAGCUGACCUCCUCCUCUGAAAAGGCUCUAGCCAACCAGUUCCUGGCUCCUGGCCGCGUGCCCACCACAGCCAGGGAGCGGGUGCCUGCCACCAAGACUGUCCACUUGCAGUCCAGGGCUCGUUACACCAGCGAGAUGCGGAGUGAGCUCUUGGGCACGGAAUCAUCAGGAGAGUGCGAGGUGGACGUGCGGAAGCGGGCCGGUGUCAAGUGGCCCAGACCUGCAGACGAGAAGCAGUCAGCAUCCGAGCUAGACCUCGUCCUCCAGAGGCACCAGGGCCUCCAGGAAAAGCUGGCUGAGGAGAUGCUAGGCCUGGCCCGCAGCCUCAAGACCAACACACUGGCUGCCCAGAGUGUCAUCAAGAAGGACAACCAGACCCUGUCACAUUCGCUCAAGAUGGCAGACCAGAACCUGGAGAAGCUGAAGCUGGAGUCGGAGCGGCUGGAGCAGCACGCACAGAAGUCGGUGAACUGGCUGCUGUGGGCCAUGCUCAUCGUCGUGUGCUUCGUGUUCAUCAGCAUGAUCCUGUUUAUCCGCAUCAUGCCCCGGCUGAAAUAAAACAGCCAGUGCGCGCACCAA